AUGACAAAUUCCGGGGGUGAGGAGAGAGUAACUGCACUUGACAUGAAGCUGGCAUUUGGCCAAAGCCAGAGGCGUUUGCCCCUCUCAACCCCUGGGGUGAAGCUGUGGGCGGGGCUCACGCUCGUCAAUCAUCCCCCCCGGGGGGGCGGUGCCCCAAGCCGUCAAUCAGCUUCGGGCCCGCCCGUUCGGCUGGUCUCCCAGCAACGGCGUGCCAACCGCCGGGGCCGGGGCCUGCUCCGGCUCGCAGCCCCACUCCCGGCCGCCAUGGAGCCCCUGUCCGCCACCUUUUACGGGAAGCUGGACCAGAAGAAUCCCGUCGUGUUGGCGCUGGAGCAUGAGCUGAACGACUUCAGGGACUUCAUGGAGAAGGCGGUGUCGGCCGACGCUCACACCAGGGGAGCCAACGAUUUAUUUUGCAUCUGGAACAAGUAUGAAAAAAUUUUACCAGUUCACUAUUUUGAAGAAAAGUUGCUGAUGGUUGGAGAUUUCCUUGUACAGCUAAAGCUGCAUAAGUUGGCCUCGUGGCAAUGUUAUGGACGAUACCUGCAGCAAUUUGGUUCCUUCAGGAUUGAUGAUAUCACCGACAUAGACAAGUUUAAAACAACAUUCUUUGUAAAUGGAUUUGAAGUGGAUAAUUCUAGCUUUACGUUUCAUGCACUGCAAAUGUACAGUGUUUGCUGUUACCAAGUGGUGAAAAAAGUUGAUCCAAAACUACUGAAUCUGGAGUCAAAGAAGAAGUGCAUGAGUAUUCUUAAAUUCCUUCGACUCAUUAUGCAAGUUGCUUUGCCCAAGGAACAUCUUUUCUGGCUCAUUUUCAAUGGUACAACUUACAUUUACACCAUCUGUAGACAUUUGAUGGUUUUAGCACUCUAUGCUCAGGCCUUUGAAUACGUACUGUGGGCCAGCAUCAGCAUGGAAUCGUCUGCCCCACUUUUGACAGUUCGCUUUCUCAGCUGGAGAGCCACACUUUAUACAGCUGUGUGUCAGUGUUACUAUGACUGUGAGUCUGGCAUACUUGGAGAGACAUUUGCUCGCCGUGCUUUAGGGAAGAUCAGCGAAUUAAACCAUCUGGAAAUGAUGAGCUCAUCUUCUCCAAGUCCUGAAGCUAUGAAAAUCUUUAGGGAGGCCACUGUCAAGGUAUCUGUAAUGAUCUUUAAAAGGGCUGUUUUUGAAAGUAGAAGAAAACCAAAAGGAAUUUUGCGGCCUAAAAUGAAAACUAACUACAGAGAGACCCAAAAUCAACCCUGGCCACACAAUGCCACCGAAUUUCUGUUAGUGGAAAUGUUUAAUGGCAGUGCAGCCCAGUUCCUUGCUAUUUCAGAGACUUUGUCUGGUGGUAAUCGACGCAUUCUGCAAACUAAGCCUCCUGUUCCAGCGGAGCAGGAAAUACUUGAUGUGACAAUGGAACUUUUCCUGGCAGGCCUGCUACUCAUUUCAGGUGGUGGUGGUAAUACUCAACUCAGUUCUGCUGCCUGCACUGAUCCAGUUGGUGGAAUAAAGCCAUCGAGUUCCCUCAUAGAGCUUGCAGCUAAUGGUGAAGAUGGUGUAUCUGUAGAGGCUGUUGUGAGGUUUGCCAAGGCUGCAUUCUGCUUUGAGUACUUGGAUAUAUUUGAUACUAUCAUUGCACCACUUCUCACUCUCUUAAGGAAACAUGAUAAUCUGGCUUGGAAGAGUUUUGAAUUGGAUUUGGAUCUACUUGUUGCUAUGGAACCAUUUGUUUCAUCUCGCAAGUCCAAGCAUGGUCUUCCUACGGGAGAAAACUGUGCAAUAGGAGGAUCACUUCAACCUAGCGGGGCUACCAAUUUGUGUGAUGACCUUGUGAUACUAGCAGAAAGAAUGUUUGUGUAUACCUGUACUCCAUUUCAGGCUACUGUUCCAGAUGUAGACAUGGUUGUGGAUGCAUUUCUUUUCCUGUGGCAGAAGUGCAAGGCUGUUCUGCAGAGAGACAUCUGUAAGGCGAGUGGUUCCAUCAAAUAUCUAAAGAAGGUGGAUGGCUUUGAGAAGUGGAUCCAUAUCCUGUACAUUCUUCAAGAAGUGGCUCAUUGGUGCAACAUAGGCCACAUUGACCCUGUGCUGAUGGUAGAUGUCGUACUGUACUCAGCUGGGGCGCUGGAAAACCUGGCUGAUUCGAGUAUGAAAUCCAAGAAAAAGUCAGGUAUACUUGCAAAUAGAGCCGAUACAGCAACUUCUACACAAACGCCAGCAUCAAUACAAACAGAAUAUUGUGGUCCCACUAAUUUAUUAAUGCUGCCUGAAACGCAUCAGUGAAAGCAAGGCAAUGAGAAG